UAAUACUGUUUGAUACAUGUGCCGGUUGACAGCAAAACUUCAGAUAAAUUCAAUCGAAGCGUCCAGAAAACAAACUUAUUUUACCUGCCACCAACCAGUGCGCUUACUCUCUAUAAACUAAAUAUAAAUAAACUACAAUGUCUGGCGAAGAAGGACAGUUCGACAAUAUUCUGCUGGCCGUGGCCGAAAAACAUCGGGGCGGCGUGCCCGAGUUUCUGGGCACUUUGGCCAGUUUUCUGCGCCGCAAGACCGACUUCUUCACUGGAGCCAAACAGGCAGAGUGGGAGAAACUCCUGCUGGAUGUCUUCACCAAGGAGUCCAAAUUGGCGAUCAGCGCCCACAAUGAAAAGCUAAAGACUCGCGAGGCCGCCCAGCGGCUGAAGGACGAAAAGAAGCGGGCCGAAAGAGAGGCCCGCAAGAAGGAGAUCGACGACAACAAAAUAUGUGAUAUCACCGAUGAGGAGGCAGCGGCCAUCAUCAAGGAGGAGGAGGUCAAAAAACGUCAGCAGCUGCUGGAUGGCGCUGGCGGAGAGCCGGCUGCCCCAAAUCGCGAUGACAUCUCCAAACCCAUCGAAAAAGUCGACGAUGAGACCGAAAAGGGCGAGCUGGGCAAGCUGAUACCCAAUUCGGGCAAUGGUUGCACCUUGGACAAGUACGCCUGGACACAAACUCUGCAGGAGGUGGAGCUUAAGAUUCCCUUCAACGUGUCAUUCGCUCUACGUGCCCGUGAUCUGGUGGUCAGUAUUGGAAAGAAGACGCUGAAGGUGGGCAUCAAAGGUCAAGAGCCCAUCAUCGACGGCGAGCUGUGCGCUGAGGUGAAGCAGGAGGAGUCCGUGUGGGUCUUGCAAGACAGCAAAACCGUGAUGAUCACCCUGGAUAAGAUCAACAAGAUGAACUGGUGGAGCCGCCUGGUCACAACCGAUCCUGAGAUAUCGACACGCAAGAUCAAUCCAGAGUCGUCCAAGCUUUCUGAUCUGGAUGGCGAGACGCGCAGCAUGGUGGAGAAGAUGAUGUUCGAUCAGCGGCAGAAGGAGAUGGGCCUGCCCACCAGUGACGAUCGCAAGAAGCAGGACUUACUCGAGAAAUUCAAGCAACAGCAUCCGGAGAUGGACUUCUCCAAGUGCAAGUUCAACUAGUUCAACAUUCUCAGCUUACUCUGUAUAACUUUCGCUUUCGCACUCUUCUCAAUCUUUCGCAUUUGAAAUGUGAACUCUUCUUCAUCUUUCCAACCACACAAUAAACUAA